UUACAAGUAAGCCUCUUCAUGCCUGAAAUUUUUCCGAACUUCAUAAGAACAGGGGAAAGAUUUCGUUGAUCUUCUCAAAUCCUUUAUUUUCAAACCUUACAUCGCUAUUUUUUCCGAGAUGGCGUGCUCUUUAUGAGUACUCAAGUUUUAAACUUUUCAGGUGCCUAUGAUAUCGGUAUCAAUUAUGGGUUCAAUGGAGACAACCUUCCGUCUCCGGCCGCCGUCGUCGACCUCCUGAGAGCCUCGCAAAUAAGUUACGUUCGGUUGUUCGAACCGAGGAAAGACGUAUUGGAUUCGUUCAGAGGCAAGCCCUUUGUCAUCUCGCUCGGCACUCGAAACGAGGACAUCAAAAAUCUAGCGUCGAGCCCGGGCGCGGCCCUCGCGUGGAUCGAGUCCAACGUGUCUCCGUUCGUAAAUGAUGUAAACAUCGGGUACAUCACGAUCGGCAACGAGGUGAUUCCCGGUGCAGAGGCGCUUUACAUUGCUCAAGCCAUAGACAACAUGCUAGCGGCAAUCUCCGCUGCCGGUAUCACCAGGACCAUCAAGGUGUCCACGGUGGUCUCGAUGAACGUGCUCGGGAGCUCGUACCCUCCGUCGAACGGUGCCUUCUCCUCCCCCACCGCGCUAGCGAUGAAAGGGAUCGUGCCGUUGCUCGUGCGCCAAGGGGCACCCCUCAUGCUGAACGUGUAUCCAUACUUCACGUACGCCUCGGACCCCCAGCAUAUCUCCCUCGAGUUCGCACUGUUCCAGUCGAAGGUCCCUGCCGUGAGGGACGGGAACUUAGAGUACUACAACUUGUUCGACGCGAUGGUCGACGCGGUCUUCGUGGCCUUGGAGAAGAUUAACGCGCCUGGCCUGAGCAUCGCCAUCGGGGAGACCGGGUGGCCGAGUGCCGGGAACCCGCCGCACACGACCACAGACAAUGCCAGAACCUACAACAAGAACUUCAUGGACCACGUCCUGAACCGGACGGGGACGCCGAGGAGGCCGGGAAUGGCCAUGGAGGCUUUCUUCUUCGAGCUGUUUAACGAAGACGAAAAGGCGGGCGGGGUGGAGCAGAACUUUGGAUUCUUUUAUCCCAACACGCGACCUGUCUACCCGUUCUGGCCAGGAUCUUAAAUGUAUUUGACGGCUUGUAAUUCUCUGUUUACUGCGUUGUUUUGUUCAUGAAUAAUUGCUAAAGACUAAAAUCACAAAUUCGACCUUU